AAAUAAAUAAAUAAAUAAAUAAAUCAGAAUUGUGACUCCAAACCGCAGCUUCCCCUUUAACCCGGGAGGGGUGACAUCAGUCCUGUCUGUCCGGGAGGAGUGACUCCAUUUUCAGGCUCAGUCGCCGGGGGGACACGGGGGGCACGGAGCUGUCACUUCCAGGACCGAGCAGCGGGCAGAGAGGCUGCAGUUGUGUGUUUCUGACCCGGCCUUUCGUCGCCGCUGUUCGGCUGGUUUCACCAUGGAGGCAGCGGGGGGCAGGCGGCACCUGAACGGCUCCGACUAAAUCCUGGAUGAUCAUUGAAACCACAUUAUUCCUGCGUUAGUCACUGAAACCUGCAGCAGCCCGGUGGGAACCGUCAUCUUUGAAACCCCCCCUACAGUUCUGGUACCGGUCCGGCAGCAGGAACCAGAGGUCCACUUUCAGUUAGAAGGAACCAGGAUUUCCAUCUUGUAAACACCGAAGAGGAAGCGUCACAGUCCGGUUAAACUGGCAACGAAUGUCCGAGGGAACGGUGAUGAUGGCGCUGUCCAGCCACCUGAGCUCGGUGGAGUCCGAGAAGCAGAAGCUGCGGGCCCAGGUCCGCCGGCUCUGCCAGGAGAACCAGUGGCUGAGGGACGAGCUGGCCGGGACGCAGCAGAAGCUGCAGAAGAGCGAGCAGAGCGUGGCCCAGCUGGAGGAGGAGAAGAAGCACCUGGAGUUCAUGAACCAGCUGAAGAAGUACGACGAGGACCUGUCCCCCUCGGAGGACAAGGACAGUGAGUCCAGUAAAGAAACCCUGGAUGAUCUCUUCCCUGAUGACCAGGACGACCAGCCUCCAGGCAUGCAGCCAGCUCACGGCAGCGCCGCAGCAGCAGCAGCUCAGCAGGGGGGCUACGAGAUCCCGGCCCGCCUCAGGACCCUUCACAACCUGGUGAUCCAGUACGCCUCUCAGGGCCGGUACGAGGUGGCUGUGCCCCUCUGCAAACAGGCUCUGGAAGACCUGGAGAAGACCUCUGGACACGACCACCCAGACGUAGCCACCAUGCUGAACAUCCUGGCGCUUGUUUACAGGGACCAGAACAAAUACAAAGAGGCAGCUAACCUGCUGAACGAUGCUCUGGCCAUCAGGGAGAAGACCCUGGGCAAGGACCACCCAGCUGUCGCYGCCACCCUCAACAACCUGGCUGUUCUGUACGGGAAGAGAGGGAAGUACAAGGAGGCGGAGCCUCUGUGUAAGAGAGCACUGGAGAUCCGAGAAAAGGUGUUGGGUAAAGACCACCCAGACGUGGCCAAGCAGCUGAACAACCUGGCCCUGCUGUGUCAGAACCAGGGCAAGUACGAGGAGGUGGAGUACUACUACAUGAGGGCCCUGGAGAUCUACCAGACCAAGCUGGGUCCAGAUGACCCCAACGUGGCCAAGACCAAGAACAACCUGGCCUCCUGCUACCUGAAGCAGGGCAAGUUCAAACAGGCGGAGACUCUGUACAAAGAGAUCCUGACCCGCGCUCACGAGAGAGAGUUUGGUUCUGUUGAUGAUGAGAACAAACCGAUCUGGAUGCACGCCGAGGAGAGAGAGGAACAGAGCAAGGGGAAGCAGAAGGACGGCUCACCGUUUGGAGAAUAUGGAGGCUGGUACAAAGCCUGUAAAGUCGACAGCCCCACGGUCACCACCACCCUGAAGAACCUGGGCGCGCUCUACAAGCGUCAGGGAAAGUUCGAGGCGGCUGAGACUCUGGAGGAAGCUGCCCUGAGGUCCAGGAAGCAGGGCCUGGACAACGCGCACAAGCAGCGCGUGGUCGAGGUCCUGAACGAGCCCGAGGUCCGAGAGAAGCAGCGGAGCCGCGAGAGUCUGACCUCGGACACGGUGAAGUACGAGAGCGGGCCGGACGGCGGCGAGGAAGUGAGUAUGAGCGUGGAGUGGAACGGGCAUGAAGCGGGCCAGCUCUCUGGGUGUUCUUAACCUGCCGGAUCCACCUGCCAGAGACCAGAACCAAGAAAGAAAUUAUCGUCUGAGAAGAAGUCAGGAUCUGAGCUCCAGCCACCUGAACCUGGUGCCUUGAAGGAAGUGACCUUUGACCUUUGUUCACUGUAAAUAUCUGCUCCGUGUUGCUGCAGGGSUUUUCCUUCUGCAGAAACAAAUCAUGUUUACCUGAGUUUAAAAACAAAGUUUGACCUCGAGGCUGAAAAACCAGCUCAUAUUUCUGCUGAAUCAGCUGAAAGAUGAACUUUUUAAAUUUAAACUAAGCAACAUUUUCAGAUAAAUCUUUUAAUCACGACUCCACAAAAUACUGGCUUUCAGUUUAAUCUCAAAAACAAACUAAAUCAGGUCCAUUAGAAACAUUAUUUUUGGUGUUUUAAUCUACAAAAUAGAAUUUAAAAAAUAAAUAGUUCAGAAGAGCAGAAAAGUAAAUGAAACAUCUCAUCCUUCAGUUGUUUACAUUUUAACAAGUGUUUAAAACAAAUUAAAAUAAUUUUUUCAUCUCUGUCUGCUGCAGAUGUUUGUAAACAUCUGAUAGUUUUUAUUCCAGAUUAAACUCCAGUAAAACUGAACCAAAAGGUGAAAUUUGUAAAACGAACAGUUUAAACCAAACCGCUUUGUUUUUUCUGAAGGAGUUGGAACUUUUGACAGAUUCUGCAGGUUUUGGACUCAGAUCAGAAACAUUCGUCUGUUUAAUGUUUUAGUUUUASAAACUUGUUUUUAUUCUCUCCAGCUGCUUUAAAGUGAUGAAACGUUUGAUUUUAAAGGUUUUUAUUUUGAUAUUUGAAGUGAAAACUGAGGCACAUACCUGAAUAUUUCAUGAUGUAAAUAUGAACUCUUCAGAUAUAUUAUUAUACAAAAGUUCUUUAAACUGCAGCUUUGAACAUUUUUAUCUUUAUUUCCCACAGUUUUGAUGACAGAAAUGAUUAUUUAGUGAAAGCUGCAGCCUGAUCGUGUCUUAAUUUGUUCAUUUGGUAAAAAUAAGGUUUAAAGUUUGGAUCUAAAAUCACAGAUUUAUUUUUGCUUAAUUUAUUUAAUCGUUUCUUUUCUGAAUGUAAAUGUGAACAUUUGAAGGUUUAAUUUGUUUCGUGUUAAAGAUUAAAGUUCUGUUUUGUCAUAUUUAGGAUUAUUUUGCUGAUCUCAUGCUGGCGGGUUGAAGGGUGGAUUAUCUUCAUUCAAUUCUCAGGACGUAUUAAGAAAUAAUUUGUGCACAAAUCUUUGUGUUGGGACCAGAUGAAUUUAUUGAAACACAAAAUAUUCAGAUUAAACAUUAAAAAUGUAACUUUUGACCUGAAAAAAAGGUAAACUAAUUAUUUAGUGGUUUUAAAGUUUCAAAAGAAAAAGCAUUAAUAUUUGUUUCCAAAGAUGAAUGAUAAAUAAUUAAAAACAUGAAGUAUCCAUCCUCUGACUGUAUUUAUUCACUGAACAGCUUUAGAAAAGAUGCACUUAUUUAAUAUAAAAUAUUAUCUGUGUUCCUGGUUUAAACUGGCCUGUCAUCUUCGCUGCUUCGCCUCAUAAUCUCUAAUCUGGUCUGUGAACAGAUGGGAACUUUAAACGUUGGUUAACAGGAAAAACCUGAUAAUGUUGAAGGAAUGGGCACAAGUUUAUGUAAAUCUCACAAAAAUGUGUUUUUUAUUUUUUAAAUGCACUGUAAUUUAGGACAGACUUGCUUGAAAGUUGAUUUAUUUUUAUUUUUCUACCACUUCCUUAUUUAUGAGUGGAAAUGAUGCUYGUACUGCAAAGAGUUGUACAUCUGAACUUUAUUUGAAGAAUAAACUGGUGACAUUCUUGUUGCUUCCUGUCUAAA